CCCUCCCUCCUCCCUCCCUCCGCCGGCGGGGGCCACCCGCCCCGCCGGGCCAGUCGCCGCCGGCAGCCGCGGCGUAGCCCGGUGCGGUGCGUCCCGGUGAGCUACGGGACAUCCCAUCCCGGUACGGCUUAUCCCGGUACGGGAUAUCCCGAUGGGGGAGGAUUACCGGUGCCGUAACAACCAGUACAUCGAGAGCGGGCAGUCGGCGGUGCCCGGCUCGGUGCUGUUCGCCGCCGGGCUGCUGGGCAACGUGCUGGCUCUGCUUUUGCUGGGUCAGCACCGGAGGCGCUCCCGGUCCCCCGGUGGCCGCCCGCCGCGGGUCUCCGCUUUCUACGUGCUGGUAAGCGGACUGGCAGUCACCGAUCUGCUGGGCAAGUGCUUGCUCAGCCCCAUCGUGUUGGCAGCCUACGCCUACAACCGCAGCCUCAGCGAGCUGGGACCAGGAGGGCGCACGGAGGACGAGCCGGGUGUCCUCUGCCAGCUCUUUGCCUUCCUCAUGGCCUUCUUCGGGCUGGCUCCCACCCUGCUGCUGCUUGCCAUGGCGCUGGAGUGUUGGCUUUCCCUGGGGCAUCCCUACUUCUACCGACGGCAUCUCACCCGGCGGCUGGGUGCCGUGUUGGGGCUGGUGGCGGCGGGGCUCUGUGCCCUUUUCUGUGCCCUGCCGCUUCUGGGCUUCGGGGUGCCCAUGCAGUACUGCCCCGGGACGUGGUGCUUCAUCCGCAUGGCCGGUGACGGGCCGCGCGACCUCGGCUUCCCCGUCCUCUACGCCAGCUUGAUGGGCCUGUUGGUGUUGGCCAUCGGCGCCUGCAACGUGAGCAGCAUGAAGCACCUUUACUGCAUGGCGCGGCGGCAGCCCCACCGUGGCCCCCCUGCCACCGCUGCCCCUCGCAUGGAGGAGCUCGACCACCUCAUCCUGCUGGGGCUCAUGACCGUCCUCUUCACCAUCUGCUCCGUUCCACUCAUUAUCCGGGUAUAUGUGGGGGCAUUUGCUGCCGAUUUCAAUGAGAACGCUGACCUCAGUGCCCUGCGGUUUCUCUCUGUGAACUCCAUCGUGGACCCCUGGGUCUUCAUCAUCUUCCGCACCUCCGUCUUCCGUAUGUUCGUCCGCAGGCUUUGCCGGCGGCUGAAUUCCCGGAAAGCCACCCUGAAAGGACCUGGCCCGGGAAGGGAUGGCCAGUUCUGCUCCCUGGGCUGGCGCAGGACAGACACCCCACAGCUUAGUUUCUCCUGAGCGUGUGGGUCUUGCAGAAGCUGGCAGCUGCUGGUGAGGAUGAGGAGUGAGCCUUCAGCCCCGCAUCCCCACUCCGGAGCAUCUCGGGGCAGCACGAGGAUGUCGCAAGUGGGGACGGUGUCCGGCUUGCAGUGAGGGGCGGGCACGAAGCGUUUCUGCCCCCUCCCUGGGGAUGCAUUUUGCCCCAGAGAAGAACCAGGGGAGCUCCCCGGAACCUGUGAAUACUUUCAAGCAGCAGCACUUUGUGGAGGGUUUUGGGAGCGCCUGGCUCCAGGAAAGCAGGAUGGUUUUGGCAUGUGGUUUCAGGGCAGCAGGGACGCACAGGGAGGAGAGUUGUGUGUGUCCCCAUUAAAUAAAAGUGGUUUGGAGCCCUGCUCCAUCGCCUUGUCCUGUGCGUGAUCCCCUCCCACGCCAUGGGAGGCUAUCUGGGGCUGGUUUGGGGUGUCCCCAGCCUGGGCGAGGGGGUGUGAGGGAGCCUUUGGGGUUGUGGAGACGCAGAAACUUGAGCAGCGGCUCAUGGCCACACCAAGGAGCCGCAGGUCUGGUGGGGUCCCUUCUUGGGAUACCCAUCAUCUCUCCCCAGCACAUCCAUCAUCCCUCCCUGGGAUGCCCAUCGUCCCUCCCGUAACCCUGUAUUCCCUGAGCAAGGCUGUGGUGUCUCCGCAGCAGCUUGCUUUUCUCUUGCACAUUGAUUCCUCUAAGUGGUAAUGUUGCAUUUUUGUUACUGAGAUGGCUUCCUGUCCGGCUAUAAUUAUUUUAAUUUGGUAUUUAUGAUGAUCCUGAGCCCUAAUAAGAGCAGUAAUUGAGAGAAUACAGAGCCUGGGAUGUAUAACCUCACUGUGCAAGCAAGUAAGCAAACAAUCAUUUUAAUGAAAAAUCCAUUUCCCCUCAACCACAUGGAUUAACUGAAUUUAAUAUCUGCCUCAGGUGACCAUUUAGGCCAAAAAAAUGAUGAUGGCCAAAGUCCCCAUCUGCCUAGUGUCCUUGGAGGAGACAGGGCAAAUAUUUAUCUUCCUCAAUUUAUGUAAGCCUUGCAAGGUAUGGUCAUGCUUCUGCCAGUUCUCACGUGAUAUUUACUCUUGGUGUCAAAUGGAUUCUGUUUUGAAGGAAGAAACUAAUGGAAAUCUAUCUUGGUGCUUUCUGGAGGUGACCUGGUUGGGCUGGCUCUGGCUGUUUGACCAGCCACACUCUCCUGGCUGGAGAAAAGGGUAGACCGGUAUUUGGGGAUGUAUUUGGGGGACCUGCAAGCUCCCUGCUUGGUGCCUCUCAUCAGAGUUUUCUAAGGAGAAAGAAAUUAAAUGAGCGCUGGUCCACCUAUCGGUUUCAUGUUACUGGCACAUUACUUGGAGAUGGCUCACGUGGGACCACAGAGUCAACAGCCUGAGCCUGCGCUGUGGCUUUCACCUUCACCGGACGUGUUUCACCACAGCAGGAUGAAGGUCAGGUGAGAUAGCAGCUCUGCAAAAUCUUGCUGUUGUCCCACCUGGCAUGGUAUCUCCUCCACCCCAUGGAUCCACGCACCGCUCGGGGCAGACAGACCAGGCAUGGCCAGGCUAGGAGCGUGCAGCAACGUGAGCCGUGGGUGCUCGGUCUGUGCCCAGGCUGGGACAGGCUAUCAUCUGCCCAUGACCCCAGCGAGGAUUAACUCCUGAGGAGCUACCCAGGAGAGGUCCCUGCCCCACAAUAUGUGUAUUUAGAGCCCAGGGCAACUGUGCUCCACGGAAAGCAGCCAUUAAAUUUAAAAAACCACCCAGGUUCUUUAUUAAGGUGCAUGAAUACAGACUCCAUCUGAGCGCUGAGAUGAUGAGCACACCGUUGUGUCUGACCCCUCCAUGAGUUUAUCAUCAGAGGAAAGAAAUCAUGGAGUCACCAAGAGCAGUGGGGGUUUGCAGGCUGCUGGGGUAACCCCUGCUGUCCCUGCAUCAUCCCCACUCCCCUGCUGGGCCUGUGCACAUCCCGGUGACCUUGACACGCUCAUCUGGCUUUGAUGGUGCUUUUAAUCUGUGUUGUGCCCUUCCUGGUGUCCUACCUGCUCUGGGAGCAGACUUAGAGUCUCCAGUCGGCCACCGCUGCCUCUGGGUGGACUGAGCUCUGGCUGCAGCGAACAAGCUUUGCACCUGCUGCUGAAUGCCAGGCUGCCCUCCGAGUAGAUAAAUCACUCCUUGGUGUGUUCCUGGGGCCUGGGACUGCCGUAUCACGGUCCUCUCCAGAGAUGGCAGCACGUCCCCAGCCAGGGCUGGGCACCGAGCUGGCCUGAGCAUGCUGGGUACAACAGCUGCAAGGAAGGGACUGCCACUCUCCACCCCAAAUUGCUCCCUUGGACAAUCCACUUUUUAAUGGCCAAACACAUAUGGUUUGGGGCUUCAGGAGUCACAUCAAAGCUCAGAGCCCCUUCCUAUUACUGAGCUUGGAAAAAAAAUGAAAAUAAAAUGAAAAUAAAAUUAAAAUUAAACGAAAAAAA